CUUCAUGUUGUGGUUUUUCGUCGUAAAAGUUGCCAAACAAAAUAGGAGGGAAAUAUCAAAAUAACAUGAAAAUUUCAGUUAAUUUAUUUCCACGCGUGCAAUUUCUUUAAGUAUGUUUAUUAGAAUCAUUUGCUAGUGGAUAAAAUGUAAGUUAUUGUAUUUAAUAACCCGGUCAUAUCAUUGUUAUUCAAGUGUUUACAAGUGUUUGAGAACUGAAUUUAAUUGAAAUGGAAGAAUUGCGGUCUAAACACAAGACUAUACAGAGCGCAGCUCACCACAUCGCCCUGGAGUGCAUUCAUCCUCAGUACCGUUUGUCCACCCAUGUCUGUGCAUAUCGGAUCUGCUACAGUCGGUACACGGCUCCCCGUACCACGUGCACCCUUACCCCUCCCCAGUUCGUCUCCAGCAUGCCUUCCAGAGCCAGAACAGUCCGAAGAUGUUUCACCCGAAAGGGCUUAAGCCACACCUUGAUGGGAGAGCAUACGGCACGCCCAACGAAAGCCCAAUAUUGGGCAGGGCGCUGUGCCUCACUCCCCGAGGCAGCCCCAUCCCGGGGCGGGUGUCGCAUCUCAACGAGAAGUUCCAGGAUUCGCUCACACUCAACUCCGAUACCGACGCCCUGGUGGCGAAGAUCAGCGCCAUGUUCCCGACUGUCAGCGAGACGCAUAUCAAGAUCUUAUUGAAGAAGUACUACAACCGAGAAGCAGUGGUGAUAAGCGCCCUGCAGGUGGAGAAGCACCCUAUUACGACACCGGGCCCGCUGACGAUGUCUCCGUCGGCCGCGCGCCUUCAGCGAGGCGCCGUGGGUGUGUACUCGGCGCUGCAGCUGGCCAAGGGCGUCUCGGGCUCCAUGCAGGGCUCCAGCCACUACUCGCCGCUCACCGGCAGCCCGCACGGCUCCCCAUCGCUCCUUCGACCGGCCUCCGGAGCGUCAAGCUACUGCGGCACUUACAAAUCCGACGGUCCGCCGCGACACCAGUCGCCGAAGAUGAAACUCAAGUACCUAAAGAGCAUAUUCCCCAAGGCGGAGGAGACGUUGAUAUUGGACGUACUGGCGAACAAAGACAACAACGUGCAGAAGGCUAGUGAGGAGCUCAUCACGAUGGGCUUCACGAAAAAGGAGACCAUCAUCAAGAAAAAAGAUAAGGAGAAAGAAACCCUCCCGCCGAAGAAGGUCGUCACCAUCAUGAAGACUUUGGAGGAGAAGAAUCAGUUGAAACAGAAGCUCGAGAAGAAAUACAGUUCGAUAGCGGAGCGCGUCAUAUCGCUGGCGCUCGAUAGCGUGGACUACAACGAGGAGCGGGCCGAGCAGAUCCUCAACGCGGUGGUGCAAGAGGAAGAGGCCCCCAAGGUGGCCAAGCCACCGGAGGUCAAGGAAACCAAGCGGCCACCUGCCACCGAACCGAAAAAGGGGCCGAUUCUGAAGUCCAGUACGGGGUCUGACUCGAAGUAUAAGUCGCACUACAGCCUGCCCACGACUGGGCCCAACCCGUCCAUUAGACAAGGGCCCAAAGAUUCCUUGCUAUUGAUGGACUAUAUGCCAUGGAACGGGCCCAACCCGGACUUCCGUGGAGGUCAGAUGGUUAAGGCCGAGGGGCCGGAGCCUGCCUUGAGGGAGAAGGCCUCGUCUCUGGCCCGGGGCCCGUCAGGCCUCGCGAAAGGCCCCGGAGGCCUCGCUAAAGGAUCUAUCUACCAGAAGAUGAGCAAGAAAUCCGCCAAAAUAAUCGGUUAAAUCGACGUGCUCCAUGGGGCCUGAGUGUGAUGUGGAGUUGUUUAAGUUACCUCUUGAAAUACGAAAUUUAAAAUAGACGAGAAAAAUAUUUUUUAAAUGUAUUAUAUUAUUAAAUGUAUGUAUUUAUAUUGUAUCAUUAGAUUUAGGUCGUAAUAUUGCCGAUAUCUCGUUUUUGCGGCUUUACUAAAAGUAAUGUUUUUUUCGUUACACUUUACAUUUUUGACAUUGUUUUUAUUAUUCACUUGUGAUCCGUUUAAGUAUUAUGAUAUUUUUAUUUCAUGUCGUAAGUUUAGGUAGUUUAUACAUCUAGCUAGAUGGUAUUCUAGAUCUCAUUAGUUCUCAAGAAACAGUAAAAACUAUUUUGCCACUUCUAAGACAUAUUUUUAGUAUUCCUUUUUUCUUUUGAGAGAAUCUUACAGAAUUAAUAGUUCAAAAACUAAAUUAAACAAUACUAAAAGCAAUAGCGGUAAUAGUUUUCCUUACUUAAAAAAAAGAUAUAUGAUUUUUUAAGUCAAAAUGUUUUUAUGAGAUUUGAAACAAACAUGUUUUGAUGCCAAUACUUUUUAAAACAAAGUGGAAUCUUAGUUCUUUGUAUGUAAUGGAACCGUUGUGAAACAACGUGAGAUGCUAUGAAAAGUACUAGAACUGGUAACUUAAUUAAAGAAGUAAGUAAGUACGUUAACAGUAAGUUUUCAAGUUUGCUUCCAAACCAGGCAGGCGAUUCAGAACCUUUUCAUAGAAUAAAUAAUACAUACUGUAACAGAACGAUGUCACCUUACCAAUAUCUAAUCUUGAUCCUACCAACAAAGUGAAAUAACGACUUGCGAGUUGUAAAAGGUAAUGUUUCUAAAUCGCCUAUUAAAUGAAAAAAGCCUAAGAUAAAGUUAAAUAUCAACAGUAUCUUCCUUUCAUGUGACAAAUACUUAAUAGUUUUAACAGUCAUUUCUACUUCAUCAUAAUUCCACUAGCUGUAAUAUUUAAUUUGUUAUUUUGUUUGUUUUGUGUGGCAGCUCAGCAGUAGAUAGUAGUGAAUAAGUUUAGAGAUAAUGUUGUAUUUUUAUGGUUAAAUAUUUUAAUGGUAUUUUUUUCGAUGAACAAAUGUAAUGCUUCAACCAUACCAACCAAAGCGUGCAGGUCGCCAUCGAUCCGUGAUCGACCAUAGGCGAAUGACAGGUCGCGUGGACUGUCAUGGGUCGCGCGACCUGUCAUUGGUCUAUGAUCGCGCCGGCGAUGGCGAUCUGCACGCGUCGGUGUGGUUGAAGCUUAAGUCUAUCAACAUAGAAUGUGAUUUAGGGAAAAUAUUUUAGGUAUAAAUAGUCAGAUUUCUAGAUUAAAAGCCUAACUAGUCAGAUUGUAUAACGAAUAAGGCUGGGUUGCGCCAUCUUACUUUAACUUUAACAAACCGCAAAAGUCAAUCAAACUCCAUACAAAAGGUGUGCAAAGUAAGGUUGUGCUUAUGCAACUCAGCCCAAGUUAUUCAUAUCAUUAUACCGACACAAUUUCAGUCCAUGAACGCUUUUACGCUUUUUAACAAGCAUUUGAACGUCGCAUGUAUUAUACACAGCUCUAGUUAUUAACUAAAUGAAAUAUUAUGUACUUAUAGAUAUCAGCUGCCGAGACUUAUCAAUCAUAUUCGGCUAGUAUUCAAUAACGUUCGUUGACUAGUCAUAUAAUAUUACUAUAGUAUUUUGAAACUUGUUGCCUGACAUCCUUUGUUAGUGGUGUUAUAACAUUAAUAGUGCAAUUUUGAAUCUGCUAUAUUUUUCUACAUAAAUUAGCUCAAUCAAAUAUCUGCUACAGAAUCUAGGUAGGUAAGUUAGUGAAUUUUUACAGCCGUAUAAAGUCUUUCGCUGCCUUGAACGACCCGCUGUAUUUUUAUCGUGUGUAGUGUGUAUGUGUGAGUUCAGUGAAGAGAAGAAUAUUAUCGUAGAUUAAUUUUGAACUUUAUGUCAUUUAUGUAAAGUUUCAAAAGUGGUUGCAACUAUUCUGCCACCACUAGAUUAAAAGUCAAGGCAGCGCGAGGUUACAAUAGUAAAUAUGUUAAUUCUUCAUAUUGCCUCCAUAGAAGUAGUUUGUACAGUUAUGCCCGUAAAUCAACUGAAGAUAUUUAUACUUGUUCCAUAGUAGUACUAAGGCUGAUUUUUAUAAAUUACGACAGUUCAGUAAUGCACGUAUAAGAUGAACAUUUUAAUCCGUAUAGAGAAGCACAAUUAUAAUUCACUUGCAAUCUUGAUAAAGUUGAAAAUAUGUAGUAAUAUUUUAGUUACCGCCAAUUAAAGUGUUAAUAGUCACUAAUAGUCGCGUUAUACAUAAUAGGAGCUAAAAUUGCUCCUACUUUUUGGGAGAAAAUAAUAUUUGAGACCACUAUUUACAAUUUAUUCUCAAUAUGACCAUAGUAUACUAAUGACCUUCUCUUUAAAAUCUUUAACUAUUUUUUUAUUAAAAGACAACAUGACUUCACCGUGACCUAGCCUUGUUUUUAUUCAUUCAACUAUAGUAAAAUUUUGAAUUAGACUUAUUUUGAUAUGAAGAUUUACUGGUGUAUUUCUUUUAGUGCAUCUGAUGAGUGAUAGAAUGUUUUAAGUGUAUGGUAAAUCAAACCAAUAAGUGAGCUCAAAGUGAAGUUUCAACACCUUGUAAAGCUAAGCGUCCACAUGUCGGUAUCACACGCAUCGGACGUAUCGCACGCAACGGAUCGUAGUAUUAUUUAUAUAGAAACUCAUAUAAGUGCGUCCACCUGUCCGCAUCGUACGCAUCGCACAUCCGAUACGAUGUGUUUCGUACGAUGCGUCCGGUGCGUACGAUACCGACAAGUGGACGCUUAGCUUAAAAAGGCACAUCGAGAUUUUUGUAAAAUCAAAACAAAAAACUGUUAAAUUCUAACUAAAACUCAACAACAACAACAAAAUUUAGAUGUGUUUUGUCUCGACGACAAUAAUGAAAUUGUCGCACCUUGUUAAAGUUACGAAUUAAUAAAGCCAAAUUCAGUAUCCCAUAGUAAUAUCAAGCAAUAAUAACACAUAGAGUUGUGUCGGUUCUUCCGGUUCUUCCUAUCACGAUUAAAAAAAUAUUAAUUAGUAAGGCACCACAAUAUUGAUGGCCCUCCAGUAGUACAAUCUUUGCCAUCGAAUAGUAUGUGUGAAUGUCGAUAAAUUAUUUUUGUACAUAAGCAUAAUUUAGAGCUAAUUUAUUAAUUAGUAAUUUUGUCAUUCAGUAUUAGUUAUUAGCCUGAGAGCCCUCGAGGGACAUAGGUAGGUACGUUAUGGCUCUUUUCAAGUGUGCAAUACUAUUUUUUAUUGUUAUAGUAUUAAUUUAUUCAAUUCAACAUGAAGGUGCAGUCUACAGCAUCCGCUUAUGUAAAUUAUUACCGAUUUUAAACUGAUUUAUUAGAAAAUGUUCGCAUCUUAUUGCUUUCGACUGUAUCGUUUGUUUUAUUUUUGCAUAUUGUUUUACUUUUUGAUAAGUAGGUAUUGUAUUUGAGCACUGUCGCCAUUAAACGAUUGUUUAUAUAAUAUAAACUAUAUUUUUUACAUAAAAAAUGGCUUUUAAAAUCAAGGAAUGAUCAGUAGACUUAAUGAAAAAUGCGUAAGAAAUGGAAUCAUACGUAAUACAAUGUGGACGAUAUCCUGAGAGUAAAAAGUAUCACUUUGUACGAUUAGUAGCAGUUAUUGCUUAAAAUAAACUUAAUUAAAAUGGUGGAAAUUAUCUUAAUAGUAAGGAAUUUAAUGUCAAUACGUCCAAAGAGUGGUAAUGGAAAGAUAAUGUGAUAAUGUUCAAUGUAAAUCAUUUAGACAUGGGAACGAUAUUUUGAGAAGCGCUUCACGCUAAGAAAUGUUAGCCGGAAAACCGUCCGUGCUAUUCUGAGCAACCUUGCCAACCGCAAGCUAAUAUAGAAAUGUUUCUAAACGAUUCCUUAUUUUCCACAAAAUUAUAAGGUUUCUCAUGUACUAAGAUGAGUCGCGCACACAGAUAUUGUGGUCGCGCACGUAUGAGAUGAGGUUUCAAUGCAUAUUUUGUUGAAAUAACCUCCGAGCCAGUGCCGGCUGCGGCUGUUUUCGCGCCAAUUUUACAUUGUUGAGUAAUUUUUCUAACUAACAAGGCUUCUUUGGGCAGAUUGUAUAGGUAGAAAUAAAAUAAACCUACGCAAUUAUUACAUACCAUA